AUGAUCGAGUCACUCAUCAGCGUAGCGUUCUGCUUGUCAACCGCCAUCACUGUCUUGAUCUUAUUGCUUCCGUCGCAAUAUGAACCAAAGCAAGCGAACCCCGCAGCGGGGUCUCAAGACGAUAAAACACCUAAGACAAGUGUGCAAAUACUGGUUCUGGGGGACAUUGGCCGAAGUCCUCGCAUGCAAUAUCAUGCGUUGAGCAUUGCGAGGCAGGGCGGGGAUGUGGUUAUCAUUGGAUACAAGGGUACGCACAGAACACCCUUACUGUAUGCAAAAGGCAAACUGACCAGAAUUGCAAUACCUACAGAGUCUGAUCCUCACCCUGAAAUCAUGUCUCAUCCCAGAAUAUCCAUCGUUCCGCUCCGCCCACACCCCGCUCUUCUACAGACUAGCAACAAGAUGCUAUUUACAAUCUACGGACCCUUGAAGGUUAUUUUUCAAGUGGCUUGUCUGUGGAAAUGCCUCGCAUAUAGCACAAAGCCUUCCAAGUGGCUUUUAGUCCAGAACCCACCCUCCAUCCCAACGCUCGCAAUUGCCUCGCUCGUCUGUUUCCUCAGACAAUCAAAGCUAGUAAUAGAUUGGCAUAACUUUGGGUAUUCCAUUCUUGCUUUGAAACUUGGCCAACAUCAUCCAUUAGUGAGGCUAUCAACAUGGUAUGAACAAGUAUUCUGCAGGUCUGCCUCAGCGCAUUUUUGCGUCACAGAUGCUAUGAAGUCUGUGCUCAAACGAGAUUUCGACCUUCAGAGUCCCAUUCUACCACUCCAUGAUCGUCCCGCCAGUCACUUUAGCCCGAUUCUUGACCCCGCCACUCGUACAGCAUUUCUUGAAACGCUCCCGGAAACCAGCACAGUGCGCCAGUCAUUGCUCAAGGGAGAUCUUCGGGUUCUUGUGAGCUCAACCUCGUGGACCGCAGACGAGGACUUCUCGGUGCUCAUCGAUGCUCUUGUUCGCUAUUCCGAGUUGGCAACCACAACACACACUCAUCUCCCUGAAGUUUUGGCCAUUAUCACAGGAAAGGGCCCACAAAAGGGAAUGUACUUGGAACAAAUUUCUGGCCUUGAAAAGUCAGGCAAGCUUCAUAAGGUUACUAUUCGGACUGCUUGGUUGAGUGUGCAGGACUAUGCUCAACUUUUGGCUUCUUCGUCAUUAGGGGUCAGUCUGCAUACUAGCAGCAGUGGCGUAGAUCUCCCCAUGAAAGUUGUGGACAUGUUUGGGGCAGGUCUCCCAGUUGUUGGGUGGGAUCGUUUCGAAGCAUGGCCCGAGCUGGUAACAGAGGGCGUUAAUGGAUUAGGUUUCGGAAGCCCAGAUCAAUUGGCAGAGCACUUGACGGAGCUGUUCGGGAACAAUGGCAGAUUGGAAAGUCUGCGGAUAGGUGCCCAGAAAGAGAGCUCUCGCCGGUGGGAUGAUGAAUGGAAUCCUAUCGCGGGUACCCUUUUUGAGUUGACGCAGAUGGCCCCUUGA